AUGAUGGUGUGCGGCCUGUGGGCGGUUGAGUUCCAGGCCGGCCAUGGGGCAGACGUCCAGGCCAUUCAGGAGAUGUACAAGAGGUUCGUCACCGAGUGCCCGAGUGGACUUCUCUUCCUGCACGAGUUCAAGCGUUUCUUUGGCGUGGACCCGACGGGGGAAGCGUCCGACGACGCCGAGAACAUCUUUCGAGCUUUUGACAGAAAUGAGAGCCUCUAUCGGAUAAAGAAAGGCAUAAAGACCGACAUGUGUGAUCCACAACUUUCAGCAGACGAGGUAGCGGAUCGAAUACUACGGGCCGUGGAUAGUGAUGGUGAUGGUCAUAUCAACCUGCAGGAGUUCAUCAGAGGCGCACAGGGGGACCCUUGGGUGCUCAACAUGUUGCAGCUGGACAUGAACCCGGCUGGAUGGGUGCUGGAGCAGCGGAGAGGGAGUGCACACUUCUGA